GUCGAGGCGGCAGCUCAGUGAGCCGAGGACCAGAUGUUGAGCAGCUGGCCGGAGGAGACGGGUCUGGCUGGAGGCUCGCCAUGACGACCACCAUGAUGCUGAUGAUGCUGAUGAUGGUGGUGAUGAUGAUGUCGGCCGGAGCCGAGGCCGAGAGUGGAGACGGAGACGGAGAUGGAGACCGGGACGAGGAACCCAGAAUCAGUUGCAGCUCUGACAUCACGACCCAUGAAUGCAGUCUGACCUGCAGGCUGGUCCCCGAGGACCCUGAGGACCCUGAGGACCCCGAGGACCCCGAGGAGGAGGAGGACAUUAAGAAGAUGACUCUGUGUUACAGAGACUACUUCAGCGGUGACAUGUUGAAAUGUCUGGAGGCUCCAGGAGACACGAUCCGGUCCAACCUGAGCGUCCUGUUGGACCUGAACGUGACGGUCUACCUGAAGACAGGAGAGCGGGUCUCAUUCUGGGUCGACAUGAAGAAGAUCGUCAAACCCAGACGUCCUCAGGUGUGGAACAUCACCCUGGACCAGAACCAGGCCCUGAUCCGGAUCAAGACCCCGUAUGACAAGGACUACCUGACCCUAGAGAACCAGCUGUUCCAGCUCCACAUCAGCACCACAGGGAAAGACACGGUCCAGAACAUCUCGUCCGGUGACGUCCUGCAGAUCGACAUGGACCACCUCCAGAGACCGUCCCGCUACCUGGUCCGAGUACGAGCCAUCCCUCAGAGCGACUACUUCCAGGGAACCUGGAGCGAAUGGAGCGAACCCAUCCCCUUCAACACUCCUGGUAAGAACUUCGGGUCUAGAACCGCUCCAGAACCCAGAAGGCCUUGGUCAACUCAUCCUCUUUCAGCUCCAGCCCUGAAGACCAAGGACAGCCCAGAACUGAUGAUGGUGGUGGUGGUGGUGUGCCUGGUCUCUGUGGUGGUGGUGACGUCCAGCGCCGUCUUCUUCUGGAAGAACAAGAUAUUCACCUACGUCUGGCCCAGCAUCCCUCACCCCAAACAGACCCUGGUCCAGAUCUGCAAACCCAAUAAAGGUCUCUUGUUGAACUUCAAGCCCGAGGUGUUCAGUUCUCUCAACGUCUACCCUCUGGAGAAGACCAACCUGAUUGUUCCUUCCGUGUCAGCUCCACCCCCAUAUGACCAUAGCCCCGCCCAUAGCUCCACCCCUAGCUCUGCCCACAGCUCUGACUGCAGCAGCGCCACCACCGAGGAGCUGGAGCUCUCCGCCCUCCUGAGUCAGAGCUCUGAUGGCGAGGACGGCCUCCGGAGCGCCGGCCCCUCCCCCGACGACACCCCCCGGCUCCAGGAGAGGCCGGUGCCGCCCCGGCCGGCAGAGGGUGCCACAGGGGGUGAGGGGGAGGCAUGUGGACCAAGUCCUCAGGAGGAGGCCUACGUCACCAUGUCCAGCUUCUAUCAGAUCAAGUAAGGACAGAGAUAUCAAACUUCUAGACCAGGGGGGUCAGACUCAUCUCAGUCCAGGGGCCACAUUCAGACCGGUUUAGUCUCUAGGGGCCAGACCAGUAACACAACAGACUAAUAACCUGUAAGUAACGACACUUUCACCACUUCAUUAUCAAAAUGUUUUUACGUUUAAUGAACUAGCCUUUUAAAAAUAUUUCAUCCAGAACCUGAAAUUUCUUCAGAAAAACCAGUGCUGCCACUUGCUGUUGAGUUCUGGUCUCAGUGUUGUGUUCUGUCCGUGACCCCUGGUGGAAAAACUCCAAAUAGACCCCAGUUCCACAGAAAAAUUCCUCUUAAUAACUUCUCAUUUCCAAACUCAUGCGGGGGCCAGAUUAGACCCUCUGGUGGGCCGGUUUUGGCCCACGGGCCGUAUGUUUGACCCCCCUGCUCACAGACUCUAGUGCCACCAUGAGGUCAACUCUCUUCCUUAAACAUUUACUAUCAGGACUCUGGGUCCAGCGCCUCCAUCAGGUUGUUUGAAUGUACUGACCAUAGUUAACACCUGGACUUUAUUAUUAUUAUUUUGACUCUGAAAAUGUUCUGUGAGUAUAAAUGUUACAGAAACCUGGAACUUUAAUAUGUCACAUUCAUCUGUUUAUAACUUACUGGAUGUUGUAACUGUUGCUAGUGAAAGGACUGUAAUGACGCCAUCUUGGCUCUAAGGAGAGCCGUCUCUGGUUUCUGGUAGUUACAGUAAUCCAGAGAGAACUUCAUGUGUGUUCCCACAUUCACACUAACGACAUGGAACCAAUCAGAAACAAGGAAGAUAUGUCACAUGUUCUUUGAAACGCUAACGGUGGCGUUAGAACCAUCUGACAAGUCUUCAUACGUCCUCCUGGAUGAGAACCACACUUCAAACGAGAACCUCCCGAAGAACCACAACCAUGUUUUUACACAUUCACAUAUACACACAUACACAGUGUACAUGUACAGUGGUGUCACCGUGUUCCUCCUUCCUGGUUCCUUAUCUUUUUACAUGUUUGUCUCAGAUCAUCAAACUAAUUUAAAUAUUAGUCAAAGUCUGUGAUCGAUUCAUUUAAAUGAAGUUUUUUAUUAUUGAAGAGAAACUAAAUCCAGACCUUCGUGGUCCUGAAGUCCAGUUCCUCCAGCCCCACCCAGACCUGUUCUCAGUGUAGAAACCACCUCAACAGGACCUGGUCCUAGAGAGACCCUCCACAGCGAGACCUCAGGCCCAGAUCCAGAGACAUUCAGGAACACAUGAGAAAGAACGUCAAAGAAUGAGUCUGGAAAAGGUUCUAAAGCCAUUUCUAAAGCUUUGGGACUCCAGAGAGUGAGAACCUGAAAAAAAUAAGACCUCAGGAAGAACCGACACUUUGUCACACGCUGUACGAUGGUAGAACCUCAAAAGAACCUCUGUAGCACAAAAGGUAUUAACAGUCACUGCCUUCACUCUAUAACGUGGAACCACUGUAGCAUAUAGCAUGUAGCAUGUUAGCUCUGAGCUCGUUGUUUAGAACCACCCAAAGGAUCCUUUAGAUAAAACUCCAUUAGAACCCAAAGACGUCUGUAGGGAAGUGUUCUCCUCUGUUCUAUAACUAACCUCCGUCUUUAGAGGAAGGAACCUUGACCCGACUGGUUUGUGUUUGCUGUCGUCAUGGAGACGCCGACCACAAAAUGCUGCUUCUCAUGUUUCCUCUCCGCGAACCCAGGAAUGUAGCUUCGUUUCACCCACGAACUGUAUAUAGACCUCACUAUAUAAGAUAAUAUAUCAGUAUAUAUGUAUGAAUGUAUCAGCAUGUUUCAUCUCAUUAAUAAACCUCAUCAUCCAGA